CUUUAGCUUUCUAAUAAGAGGACUUGCAUGUUACUCCUCCCUGUCUUCACCAGUGGUUUUGAAAAUCAGAAGUUCUUAAUAUAUAAAUGAACGGCUAAAACAUCCUCACAAAUGAUGGCUGCAGCUUCAGCUGAUUUACUGACCGUUAUUCCAUACAAGGCAGACUUCUGGAGUAACCAAACUAACCUAUCCAUAAAUGCCUCAGAAAUGAAAAACAAUGCUAGCUGUCCUUUAGAUGACAUCUCACUGUCACUUGCUUUGAUAGUUUUUUACUCUAUUAUUUUUGUCAUUGGAUUGGUUGGAAAUAUUAUAUCCCUGUUUGCUUUCCUCUGCGUUCAUCAGAAAAGGAAUUCUAUCCAAGUUUACUUGCUAAAUGUAGCUGUUGCAGACCUUCUGCUGAUCUUCUGUCUUCCCUUCCGAAUAUUCUAUCAUGUUACCAAAAACACCUGGAUGUUUGGACUGAUUUUAUGCAAGAUUGUAGGAACUCUAUUUUAUAUGAACAUGUAUAUUAGCAUAGUACUGCUGGGACUAAUUAGUCUAGACCGUUAUAUAAAAAUAAAUAAGUCUGUGAAGCGUCCUAAAAUGCUAACUACUACACGAAGCAUACAUAUUUGUUGCAUGGUGUGGGCACUUGCACUAAUAGGAUUUAUAAUAGUAGUUGCACCAUCUUUCUUCAAGAGUGAGGACAGAAAUUCUACUAUGUGCUUUCAUUACCGAAAUAAACAGAAUGCAAAGACAGAAGCAAUUUUGAAUUACAUUAUUGUAAUUAUUUUUUGGAUAGUUUUUUUCCUUUUGAUACUUUCAUAUGUUAAAAUUGCCAAGAACCUUCUGAAAAUGUCAAGGAAAAGAGCAAAUUUUCCCAAUGCAGGAAAAUACACCCAGACAGCAAGGAAUUCCUUCAUUGUGCUCAUUAUUUUUACCAUCUGUUUUGUUCCUUACCACCUGUUCAGGUUUGUCUACAUUACAUCACAACUACAAAAUCCAUCUUGUUAUUGGAAGGAAAUAAUUCACAAAUGCAAUGAGGUGAUGCUUGUAUUUUCAUCUUUUAACAGCUGCUUAGACCCAGUUAUGUAUUUUCUAAUGUCCAGAAGUGUCCGUAAGACUGUAUUCCAACUUAUUUGCAGAAGACUUCACGGAGAUCCAGGCGUAACUCUGGAAAGCACUUCAGAAAUAAAACUUGGACAAUAUACACAAGAGCGAUUAUCUACUACGACUCCCCACUCAAGUUCUGUAAAGAAGAAGUCUCUGAUUUGACUGUUUAACUGAAUGGAUACUAGUUUGUCACUCCAGGACAACAGUUUGAUAUUAUCAAAUGCUAUACUGUACAGCUACUAAUUCUGCCCCUUUUUUCCUGUUAAAGAAUGAGAAGUCUUACUUCUGUUUGUGAAACAAGAAGUUACUUUUCUGAAGUAUUUUGCUCUUUUUUAUCUAAGAAAACAAAAUAGGAAGUUCUGAGACAUCUCCUGUUGGGCUAAACAAGAACACUAACUCUUUAAGGAGAUUUCCACAAAGUGGUUUGAAUCUGUAUAAGGAAUCUUGUUUAUAGACAUUAAUAUUACCAAUUUGUGUAUGUAGAUAAUAGAUUAAUUUUGCAAAAAGUAAUUUGUGUCCUAUUCAAAAGAGCUUUAUAAACCAUUAUAGAUUUUAUGUACUUUUGUGUUUUAACAGGUUUCAAAGAGAUGAGCAUUUUAACUACAUUUUUAGAAGUAUUUUUUCCAAGAAAAUAUCUGUGAAUUUAGCAACAUAUGUGGCUUAAAAAUGAGGUGAAUACAAGGUACACUUAGUUUUAUAAAACAGGAACAUUAAAACAUUCAAGCCUCCUAAGCCUCUUAUUAUGUUUUCAACAUUUUAAUGAAUGUCAAGGUUGAACACAUGAGGAAAAGUAAGCAGUGCUUUUGGAAAAUUAGAAAUUAAUGAUGGAGAGAUGACAUACAGAUAUUUUCAGUUACCUAAGAUUUCCUUCAACCUCUGACAAAUUUGGUGACUGCUGCUACACAAAGUAAUUGAACAAGGUAAAUAAACUCUCAGAACUGAGCGUAAAGAGCAGAAUGGAAAAAUUAGCUCUUGUGAACAUCUGAUGCAUCAGCUUCGAUUUUUGCUCAGGCUCAGUCACUGGUCAACUUACAGAUUUCCACAUCCAUGCAUGCCAGCUGCUCACUUCCCUACCACAGGCCUUCUCUUUUUAUGUGAUCAAAAUAAUCUUGAGAAUUACUAAUAAUAUGUAAAUAGCAAUGUAACAGCAAUGUCCCACAGAUACAACUAUAUUCUCUGAUUGAAACCAAACAGGUUCAUGUAUUUAAGCAAAGUUUUAAACAAAAAUUUCAAGUUGUAACAUUGUUCAAAAAACCAGGGGGGCUGAAGGUAGUGGUUGUUUGACCCAAAGAUAAAUAGAGGCAGUUAUACCAAGAAUAACUUAAAUGUCCAGCGUGACAGGCCAGAAAGGUGAAUGAAUAAGAUGUUAAGCUCCAUAAAAUAAGGAUUUAUAAUCCUGAACGCAUACAAGCAAUACUGCUCCAGUAAGCUGCUUUAAAGAAGUUCGUUUUAAUACAACUACCAGUAACUUC